GUGUCGUACAAAAGUAAAAAAUAUUACUGUGAAUCCGUCAGCAAUAUAGAUGCGCUAUACGGUUUACGUAUCGUACGUUUACUUCAUACACAGACGGCCAUUUUGAACCUUCUUGUCUUAGAAGCUGGUUUGAUGGCAUUCCUGCAAUAGUCGGGAGAGUUCUUGGACAAUUCACCAACUUUUCUUCGAGCUGAAAAAUUCUACUGGAUCUAUGCAGACUUCAUUGAGCGAUACAUGUCAAUACAAACUGCAAUCUUGAACUGUGAUAUAUCACCUUAACAGACUCUUCGCGCUAGAAGUUCAAAACUUCCGUGGAUUGACUGGAUUCUUAGCCAUUUUAAUUGCUGCUUGUUUCCUUCCCACCAAGCGGACAAUUUGAAAUUCAAAAAUCUCUAAAUUCCUCAUGAAGCCUCUUUGAGGGGCUUCAUUGUUUAUAGCAGAAUAUAUUAUUUGUAAAGGUUGUUUUAUAUAUUAAUGUAUAUUUGUAUAUUUGCCAAAGAUAAUUUUUCCCCAUUUUGUAUGGGCAAAGUCGAAUGGCACUAACUUGCCUUUUUUUGUGAACCUGUACUAUUACAUUUCUGGACAAGUUAAUCUCAGGAAGUAUCUCAUCUUUAACUGAAAUGUUCUUCUUAUGACACCUGAUGCAAUUUUCAUUGAUAAUAUAAACGUAUCACAAAAGAAGACUAAAAUCAGCUGUCAAUCAGGUUGUGAAACUCUUUGAAGACUUUGUGAAAACGGAACAAAACCUGAAGUGAGAAAAGACACUCUUUGCUAUGGCAACAGCACCACCACAACUCAACCGCGUGAUGAAUAACAAUCACGGGGCGAGGAGCCCGAACAGGGGGCAGCAGAACAACGACUCGAGGAGAGGAGAUGGCAACCACCAGGGGAGCCACCAGGGCAACCACCAGGGAAGCCACCAGGGGAAUCAUCAGGUAAAUCAUCAAGGACGUGGAGACAGGAACGGACCCCACCAGCAGCGAGACGGGCCAGGUAGCUACCAUCAUGGACACUACGGAGGGUACAGGGGGAGCGGAGGCUACGGCAGCAGACAGUAUUCAAGACAGAAGGACUUUGAGAGACCAGCACCUAAACCAGCUGCACCACUUCCAAAGCCAUCACCCAUAGACAUGGAUGAUCCAGACUGGAAAGAAAAGCUGGCAAUCCCAGAUAAGGAUAGAAGAAUUAGAACCACAGAUGUGACAGAUACCAAAGGAAACGAAUUUGAGGAUUACUGCCUCAGUCGCCCCCUGCUCAUGGGCAUCUUUGAGAAGGGCUGGGAGAAACCAUCCCCGAUCCAAGAAGAGAGCAUUCCUAUCGCCUUGACCGGACGAGACAUUAUGGCCAGGGCCAAGAAUGGGACCGGCAAGACCGGGGCAUAUACCAUACCCGUCCUGGAAAAGACGAACACAGAAAACAAUUUUAUUCAAGCUUUAGUCCUUGUCCCAACGAGAGAGCUGGCUCUCCAGACGAGUCAGAUCUGUAAGCAGCUGUCAAAGCACACGGGCCACAAUGUCAUGGUCACAACGGGUGGUACAAGCCUAAGGGACGACAUCCUCAGACUGGAAGACCCAGUUCACCUUGUGAUAGCUACACCUGGGCGUAUUCUUGAUCUCAUGAAGCAGAGCAUUGCCAAAAUGGACAAGUGCAGUGUGCUGGUGUUAGAUGAGGCUGACAAGUUACUGUCUAAAGACUUCCAGAACAUGCUAGAUGACAUCAUCAGCUUUCUUCCACAGGAUCGACAAAUCAUGCUCUACUCUGCAACCUUUCCAAUCACAGUCAAGAACUUUAUGGAUCGUUACUUGACCAAGGCAUAUGAAAUCAACCUCAUGCAGGAAUUAACCCUGAAGGGUAUCACUCAGUAUUACGCUUUUGUGGAGGAGAAACAGAAAGUUCACUGCCUUAAUACUCUCUUCUCUAAGUUGCAAAUCAACCAAGCGAUAAUCUUCUGCAAUACGACCCAGCGUGUGGAACUCCUUGCCAAGAAGAUCACAGAGCUUGGCUACUCCUGUUACUACAUCCAUUCACGCAUGCAGCAGGAACAUCGAAACAGAGUAUUCCAUGACUUCCGCAACGGCGCCUGCAGAAACCUUGUCUGUACAGACUUGUUCACCCGCGGUAUCGACAUCCAGUCUGUCAACGUCGUCAUCAACUUUGACUUCCCGCGCGUGUCGGAGACCUACCUCCACCGCAUCGGUCGCUCUGGACGUUACGGCCACAUGGGACUGGCCAUCAACAUGAUCACCCACGACGACCGCGUCCCCAUGUAUGUCAUCGAGAAGGAGCUCUCGACCAAGAUCGUUCCCUUCCCGUGCAAGGAGGCCGUCGACAAGAGGCUGUACGUGGCAGAGUACCAGACGGAGGAAGAGAUCGGAGACGGAUCCGGCUAGAUGACUGGAGAAAAUCAUAGGAAAAUUGAGUUUAAAUGUCAAACAAAAUACGCCCAAUUAAGUCACAUUCGAUUUGAACGAAACAGAUACUGGAAUUCUCUUUAUUUUUUUAUUUUUUUUCCGCGAAAGAUGCUAGGCGAGGAUACUUCAGGAUUGGCUAGUGUAUCAUAGAGACAUUGGAAGUGAAGAUAGGGCAUCAAUUUAUAAGAUAAUGUUGAGAUGUGAGUGAUAAUGAUGCCUAGAUUUAACAUGUUGGUACAAUGAAGACGUAUGAAAUGUCUCUAUAAGUUGGUAUGCGCAAAACUGAAAAGUCUAGUUUUUGAGGUAUGGUUUACAUGGCAGCAUAGAUUGCAAGCCAGAUCAUAGGAAAAUUACUUGGAAAAGCCUCUUUUUUUUCUUCAUCUUUUCGACAUGGAUACCGAUUGAAAAAAAAUAAGAAUGGCUUAGUGUGAUUUUAAUAUCUCUUUAGCAAUCUCCAAUAGUCCACUCUUCAUACAAACAUGGCAGGGUCCAUUGUGAAGAAUCUGCUGAAAUCCUUUCAUUUGAUUGGAUAUGGGCAGAUUUGUCAUUGAUAACAAGUCUUAUGAAACGUGGCCCAGAUCUGUUUAUAUUAGGAUACACUUGCAAUGGUGCUAAACUGCAAGAUGCGUUCUAAGCGCAGAGUUGAGAAGGUACUUUUUUAAGCUCAAAGAAAACGAGUGAAAAUUGUUCUAGAGAGAGGAUAUCUCGGCACAAAAUCUCUCUUUUUGUUUCUUGACUUUUUUUCUUCUUUUCUUUUCCUUCCAUUUCCAAUUCAGAAAAAACUAAUGAAAUUGAUAUGAACCUUGUGCAAUUUUAUAUUUUCUUUUAAUUUUUCUUUAAUCACUCAUAUAUAAUUUGUAGAAGGAUUGCGAAAAAAGUCAAGUGUAUCACGAUGCACUGAGACGGUGUAACAUUGUGAAAAAAGGUGUUAUUUUACCACAAGAUAUCUUUUCUAAAAAAAAUGAAUUUACAUGAAAAAAAAUGGACCAGAAAGUGGUCACUAUGAGAGUGCCUUCUUAGCUCAAACAAAAGAAAAAAGGUUUCACAAAUGCACAUCAAAGUCAGAUGUAAGUGUGCAUUUAGUGUCCAGUUUCGUAAGGUAGAGUUUUUGUUUUUAACGUUUUGUUUUGUUGUCUGUGACCCCUGUUUUUUUUCUUCCGUAGGAUGUGAUGCGGCAUUGCUAAUUGCAAUAUGUUACUUGGUCAGUUGGUCAUUUGAGUUUCCCAAAGAUAAGUAUGAAUUGUGCAGACUAGCUCGCUAAACCAGAGCAAGCGCACCUUUUGUGCUGAGAUUGUACUUAAAUAAACCUACAUAGGAACUGAAAGAGAAGGGGAGUGGAUUUUCCAAGCAGAAACAAAGUCUGAAAUUCUCCAAAUGAGCUAUCCACUUUAUAUUCAGCAUGUGAGUAAACCAUGACUCUGCAUUUGGAUGACUGUUCAGCGUCAUUCGCACAUUUUUUAUCAUGCUGCUUUUUUGCUUCGCGUGAACAAAUGUUUUACUGCUCCAGACUUGACCUACUGAUGGCAUCAACUCAAAUCUGCAAUGUCAAUGCCGUCUCAUAUCCGUUCAGGUUGAUAUCCGACAUUAACACUUUAAUACCACACCCCUUAGAGCCAGAGGAGAAUAGGUAUGCACCCUGUAAGAACCCUUGGUCUCUGUAUAACACUUGGGGUUCCUAUGGUAAGUCAUGGACAAAUCUGGAAAGUCAUGGAAAAAUAAGUACUUUGGAAAAUCAUGGAAAGCCAUGGAAAAUUGAUGAGAAAAAAAAUCUCCCAGAGUUAUGGAAAGUUAUAGAAAUUGAAAGGAGGCAGAGGCCACCUUAAACAUAAAAUAAUAUGCAUCACUGUGUGGUAUUUGUACACAGCUUGGAUGCCGCGACCCAUGAUACAAAAAUGGUACUUGUCUGGUCAUGGAAAUCGGUUUCAUAUUUGUAUGGAAACCCUGAACACUAUAACAUCAGGAUCCAGUCAUGUACAAGUCUAUCAAACAGAGAAAAUGUUCUUUAAGAACGUGACUGAUUGGGACACUUGCUGUAUCUCUCCCACCUUGGGUUAUUCCCUCUUGUAGAGGCGCCCAUUUGAGACUCCUAAACCAGACGGACAUGGCCAGACAUGAAAACACAGAAAUUCUAAAGAGUAAAUUUGAUGACAAGUGAACCGUUUGUUACUUGUUUCGGCUGUCACACCAAGAGUUCAGGUGUUUGAGGAAAAAAGUAAGAAAGAAGGAAAGGUUUUGCUGUUCCUCAGUUUAUUUGAUAAACAGAUUUCUUAAUCGGCUCCUGUAGAUUGUAAAUUCUGGAACAGGAACCCUAACUUGACCAUGCUGCUUGCCUUAAAGUAUUAGUUUACCUGUUUUCCUCUGGCUCUUAGCUGACGUAAUAUUGUUACCUGAUGUAAUCUUAAAUAUGUGUUCAGCAGCCUUUCCAUAUCGGACUGCAUUGUACUAGAGAUGUAUGUGUACAGUGCUUUUAAGUAUGAUGUGUGGUUGUGAAUGAGUGAGUGUAAGAGAGAGAGAGAGCGAGAAUGUGUGUCGGUGUGAUUUCCAGGUGAAAUGGUGUUUUGAUUCGUGUGAUAUGAUUACUCUUACUACUCUUAGCUCCAGAGCCAAGACAUGACAAUCAAGACGAAAAUGGAUCCGUUCAGUAUUAAAGUGUAUGUGAACUUUUGGCACUCCCAUAGAUAGAAUACAGGCUUAAAAAUGUCAAGAUACUUAUAAGAUUUCAGCUACCAAACCUUUUGCUGAUGCAAGGAAUGAUGCGAGGAAUGUGCCCAUACGCUAGCCCCUACUGGGAAGAGAAAGCAACCGCGUUGUACUAUAGUAGGGUUCUGAGAACACUGGAAAUGAUCUGAUUCUUUGCUUUCGCUCUGGAGCUAAAGAGUGGACGUGUGUGUAUGUAGGUGUGAUUGUUGGUGUGUGUUAAGUCCAUCCAUUCCUUCUGUGCAUAUACAUGCUUUUUUAUGAGCGAGAUAUGCCAAAUCUCCCGGUUGUGUUCAUGUGCAAGAUGAAGUCUGCGAACUGACAAAUCUAUCCUUGUUUUUGUACUCCCUUCAGAAAAGGGUUCACUUUUUUUUUCUUCUUCAUAUCUUGUCAACUUUUAUGAAGUGGAAAUGUUAACUAAUUGACGUUUAAAUGAUUAAAUGUAACAAGUAAUUCAGGCUAUUGCAAGUUACUCUAGUAUGCUGUACCAGUAAAAGGUCAUCACUCCAUAUCAUCAUUUUGGUGAAAGGUUAAAAAUGGCUUAAAAUCUCUCUGUAGCGCGUUACACCUUUCUUGCACUGAUUUAAGCAAGCCCUCCAUGAAAUGGGGUGUGUAGUGUGUCUUGUUUUGCUUGAAAACACGAUUGAAGCAUGCAUUCAUGAUGGAACAUGCAAUCAACAAUUAGACGGAAGGAACUCGGAAUGGGAAGGAUUUCAGCGUGCAUACCGGCGUCCCGGAAGAAUUGAACAAAUGCUUUGAAAUAUUGACAACCAAAGAAACUCUGCAUAACAUGAUGAACACCGGACGUGGAGAAACAGGAUUGCUAUUACCACAACAGGAAAUCCAAGUCGGGAAGUAAAUUAGUUGAACUUUGAACUCGGAAGAAAGCUGUGGAUGGUGUCUCCAGAAUGAAAAUAAAGAAGAAGGAUGUGAAUGAAAGAUGAGCAUUUGAAAGUGAUAUUGACACUUUGGAAGGAAAGGUAAAAAUUGGAAACGAGCAAGAUGAGAAGUGGAUCGGAAAUGGAAAGUUGUUUUUACUUCAGAUGAACAGACAGUAGCAGUUUGGAGAUGUUUGAGAGUAAUGAUCCAAUACCAAUGGGCAACGCAGAAAGGAAGCAAUGCUGCAGAGCUAUGAGACAUGCACUAAGAUUUUAGGAGUGGCUUAAGGAAUGAAGUCUGCAUAUAACCAACCAAGCCAAUUACGCGACUACCUGUAUGUACUUGGUGAAUGCUAUGCAACUAUUAAGCAAAAUUAUUGGGACAAGAUAGAAAUCGGAUGGGGCAUAGAGAGCCAGCUAAGAUGAAUUAAAGUGAUCUAAGCAGCAUACUAGAGUAACUUUUCCUCUUGUGAGGAGUGUAUUCUGUUCAACAUAAAUGUAAAACAUGUAAAUAGAGAAAUACUACUUCAGAGAAUUCAUUCAUCAUCAUAAUGAUGAGUGUUAUUGUUCCAGAAUACACAAGUAGCCUGAAAUACUUUUUGGGUACACCCUCCCAUCCUAUUGUACCGCCCUUUUCUCAUUUGUGUUUCUAGUGUUCUGUCCCAGAACAAUGGAAAUCAUGAGGCACCCCCCCCCCCCACCCCCUCCCCUUCCCCUCUGGCACACCUGAUAGGUUUGUGUUGGGGGAAGAGGGAGGGGGAACGUUAAGCUUUUGCAUGACACAUACAAAUUGAUGAGACACCUGACUUUAAAAAAGGAAAGAUUGCUUCCUUCAUUGAGCUAAGUCAAAGUUUGGGAAGUGUGUUAAAUGGAAAAUGUGAAACUGAAAAAAAAAGAGAAGAAGAUAAGUCAGGUGUCUCAUUGAUUUGUAUUUUUUUUUUUAAUGCGAAGACUUGAGGCAUCUCUCUCGGGUCUUUGUAUUCACUAAAUAAAAGCGCCAUCAAAGGCCUAUUGUGUUGUAAUAUCUCUAUUUCCCUCUGUGUGUGCUAUUAUACACACUCAUAUUGAAACAUGUGCACAAGAGGAGGUGGUGAUUGUGUGUGUAAGCAAUGAUUGAAAUGUUGGGCAAAAAAAGUGUGUUCUCACAAUCGUGGCAUUUUGCAGAUGACUGCUUGAUGUAUUUCCAUGCUGAAAGAAGAAUAUUUUCACAUUGCCAGCCUCUGUGUGUACGUAGGACACACAGGGCCCAUUCACACAACGGUCGAAACAUCUCUGUGGUGUAACCAUGUUUUAUGUAGCCUAGUGUGAAUUGACCUAAUGAGGGAAAUGGAAGAUAAGUGUUGGUUAUGUCAUGAACCAUACUAAUUACUAGUUGUAUACAUUGGGAAACAAAGUCCUUCAUGUUAAUUGCAUUAUAUGAUACGUCAUUUGAGGAGAAGAGAUGCUUUCGCAUUAGAAAAGUAGUUGAGGGCUUUGUUCAUCCUCAGUGUACAUAAAUAGUAUCGUGUUGACUUCAGUAAAGUGUUCAAGCUGUUGUCUAAGAUGAACAUUUUACUGACUUUCAACAAACAUCCUAUUUCAUUUUGAUGGUAUUCACAACAUAGUUGUAGAUUUUGGUGUAGAACAGCAAGUCCUGGUUUUUUUAAAACAGAAGUGGAAAAAAUUAAUCAGGUUGGUGCCCAUACAGAGACAGAAAAGCAUGGACAAAGAAAUGGUAAAAGUCCUGAAAUUGCCAGUGGAAAAUAGAAGAAGCUGUUGAACAUAUUCAUAACAAUUGUGUUGUAAUGACCAUCAAAAUGUUAAAUAUUUUCUUAUGCUAGAGAUGCAAUUCUCUAACAUCAUGUACUGAAGACCAUUACAUGCAAGACUGGUGAAAAUACUAUCUCAUUUCUAGAACAUGUUUGUACCGACUUAAAGUCUGCCUGUGUGCUUAUGGUGCUUCUUUACAAUGCACAGCUAGAAGUGAUAUUCACCAGUCUUCAGGCAGCAAUCAAUGAACAGUGUUAGACCAAAGUUGGACUGGCUCGUCCUGGUGGGGUGGCAAUUGAAAUUGUACAACUACAGAGUAUUCCCCUGCCCAUCACUCUUGGUUUCUGUGUUCAGGUACACAAUAUAGCAGGCCUGUGGGACCCUGAUACAUUUCCACAGGUUAAAAAGCUCUUACUGUCCAUCAAGAGCUUACAGACCAAAUGACACCUUGUUGGUCAAAAUCUUAUCUUAGUUUGCAAAGUUGCCUUUCACCUACACACCAAAAUCUGUGUAUUUUGUUCAGGUAUAUGUUCCGUUGAGACCAUGUCUGGCUCCGUUUAAGGAGAAGAGAAAAUGAAUUAACGUUCACAAAUCUGUAAGAGGCUGUUCUGUCAACUGCUAAAUCAUCAGAGACAGGUUUAAAAGUACAGGGACGUGUUUUGUCUGACAUAUAUUUGGAAUCCAUCUAAACAUGUAAUGUGAACUCCAAGGCAACUUUGCAAAAUCUGUUUUAUGUGAUUUCAUGAGAAUUACAGCGUUGCAAAAUGGCAUUGGCCUAAAACUGUAUUGCUCUUGAAAUGCGAAAUAACCUUGUUUCAUUCUCUGGUGAGUUUCCAAGUAAGAGGUGAAGAAUUUGAUAUGUGAAGAACCCCUUCAUCCUAACAUGGUGCAUUCAUAAUGAGAAUUAAUGUUGCUACUGUCAGUGUGACAUGACCAAUCAGUAUAAUUGUUUGAUGCCACUAACUAUAUCAAACAUAAUAGUAUCAUAUGCUCCUCAUGAGCCUGACGUUGUAUGUAGAUCAUGCAGCAACCGGGACUGCAUGGCGAUAUUUAGAAGCCAAAAAAAAGGGUCAUUGUUGAUUUUCAACAAAAUUUUUCACCUCUUACUUUGAAACUCUGAAUUAUGUACGGAAGGUGUAUUGAGAACUUGUUCCUUUAUUCCCAAGGCAUCACUGUGAGGGCGACAUUACAUUAGCUCAAAUGCCUUGAGAAUGAGAGACGCAGAGUUCCAAGAAUAUUUCCCUUCAGGGAAGUUGGAUGGUUCACGAAUUAGGAAGGAAAUCCCAAACAUCCUUUGAAGUUAUUCUAACUAUGAUGUGCUUUUGUCCAGUCCAGUCGAAUCAGGGCCCCAUUGCAUGAAACUUUCCAUUGAUGGUAACUUUGCCAUCAAUGGCAACUACCAUGGUAACAGGGCUCAACAGCCAAUCAAAAUCAAGGUUUCCAUGGUAGUUACCAUUGAUGGCAAAGUUACCAUCAAUGGUAAGUAUUGUGCAACCUGAUUGGUAACUCAAUACAAGCCAUCGUAUACUCAGUAGGAUGCCUUUCCUUGCUAUGCAGUGGAGUCCUGAAAAUGAUCACUUCACACAUGAUAACUGAAACUUUUCUUUGAAUAUGAUAUUUGAACUAAGCGGUUAUCAGUAACACUUUGCCCUGGGUUAUUCAAAGCAGUUUGUUACUGUGAGGUUUUCAAGAUUUCCAUUCGAUCAUCAGAAAGUAAUCGUGUAAGAAUCACUCGGCUAAACUGUCAGUGUACUGUAGCUAUUUCUGAAGUGAUCAUUUUCAGACGUAACCAUCGUUGAAUAUUUUAUUCUCUGUUCAAGUGUCGAGACUAGUGUUCAAGUUUAACAAUCAUGACCAGAGUUUCCCCAUGUUGCACUAUGGUUAAUACAAGUGGUAUAUUACUGUUUUUCUUUGGAGGGGAGGGAAGAUAAAGUCAUUUACUUCAGUUCUCACUAAAGAGAUAACGGUAAAUGUGACUUUUUUUUAAAUUUCUGAUUGAAAGUAUUUGUAAUCGCAGACUUUUAGGUACCACAAGGAAUCCACCUUGUCAUUUCUAUCUAACUAAUUAAUUCAACACACAAUGAAUGUUCUUGUGACCUUACUAGAUAAUAGUCCUGAGAACAUUCUGUGUUUUCAGGAAGGAUUUUUAUAUCAUUGUUUUUUUUUUAAAUUUUAUGUAAGGACAUCAACAACUUUGAAACAAAAAAAUGUAAUCUACCAGUGAUAACUGAUAAGACAGAGAGAAGAACCAGCUGGAAUCGUAAAUUCUACUGGUAUCAAAACUAGAGCAACCAUAGUGCAGCAUGAUAUUACUCGGGAUGUGAUAAGUCAAAAAAAUAUAAAAAAUCAGAUGAAAAAAAAAAAGCAAAAAAUAUGAAAAUGCUGGUUCAUAAUUGGAGGAGACCUUAAUGUCCGAGUCAACCCCAGACUUCGCCAUUUGCAUAAUAAGUUGAUUUAGGCCCACAUGAAGAACAUUCUAACAUCCCAGUGUUGGGGUGGAAGUAUCGAGAGGUUUGGGGCUAUUCUGUAACUGGGCCUUUUCAGGUUACUUAACAUUUGUCAUGAUUGGUGUUUGUAAACCCAUCACUGAAAUUUAAUGUCCAGAAAGUAAAUGGUUGAUUUACAGUAUACAGUGUAUCACCUUAAUACACAUGGUACUGUCUUUUGAACUAAUGAACAUUCAUCUUGAAUUCUUAAGAAGCCAGCACUGAGAAUUAUAAUGUCAUAUCUAGAUGAUAAUAUGUGAAUGCUGCCAGAAAUUACCCAAUAAGCCUACAUGUAUCUAUAGUCCAAACAUCACAUGAAAAUCAUGAUGCUUGGGGAACAGUGUACCGUAAAAGGACCUUUUGUUACAAAUUUUGUGGGAAAAAUACAAAAGUUUGACAAUUUAAAGCAUAAUUUCAUAUUCAUGCACCACUGAUUAUCGAUUUAUAAUUUCUGUCUUGAUAUCAUGUGCAAAGUUGAACCCUAUUUUAUAAAUUGACCUUGCAGAAUCUACCUGGUGGAGACAUUCAAAUUAAUUUUAUUCAAUUUUCAACUCGAUUAAAAAAAAUCUUUAUUCUGGGCUGCUAUUCCAAUAGUACACCAAGGUCAGAGUGAUUGAAAAUGAUCCUCUUUGCGGUUAAUGUAUUCAAUAUAUACAUCUAGAAUAUGCACUGUCCAACUCAAAAGUACUUGUUCAAAUAACAGAAAUACCCUUGAAUGCCAAUAUUCUCUAUGUAAUUUGGAAUUCUAAUAAAAGUAUUGUGUAACCAGCAA